GCGCAUCAACCCAAUUGGUUAAUGCUCAAUGCAGUGCACGCCUGCGUAGUUUUCGGAAGCUGUGAAAAAAAAUGGCUUUUGGGGAAUAGUGUUGUUUGAGUGUUGUGGUAGAUUUUUAAAAUUAUCGAAAUAACACGUUCCAAAAAAAAGAAAAAAUUGUGGAGACACUUUAGGAUAAAAUGAGUAAAUAUAUGUACUCCACUGCGAACUUAACAGACAAGGAGUUAAAGGACCAGGGAAACAGACUUUUCACGUUAAGGAAAUACGAGGAUGCAGUAAAUUGUUACACGAAAGCCAUCAUAAAAAAUCCAAAUGUGCCAACUUACUUCACAAACAGAGCACUAUGCCACCUGAAGACAAAAAGGUGGGAGGAAGCGUGCCAGGACUGCCGAAGAGCGCUUGACAUGGAUCCAAAUUUAGUCAAAGGACAUUUUUUUCUGGGGCAAGCUUUAUUAGAAAUGGAUAAUUAUGAUGAAGCAAUAAAACAUUUACAGAGAGCAAAUGAUCUAGCUAAGGAACAGAAAUUAAAUUUUGGUGAUGACAUUGCAAGUCAGCUAAGGGCAGCCCGGAAAAAGAGGUGGAAUGUACAAGAAGAAAAACGAAUUGCACAAGAGAUAGAACUACAGUCUUACUUGAACAGAUUGAUAAGGGAGGACACCGAGCGGCAGAUAGAAAAACUGCGUGAAGAAAGUGGUGGAAAUGAAGAACUUGUCCAGGACAAAGUGAUGGAGCUGGAGCAACAGUGUGACAACAAUACAAGUGAACUAAAUGCUAUAUUUGCCAAAGUAGAUGAAAGGAGAAGAAAGCGGGAUGUUCCAGAUUAUCUGUGUGGAAAAAUAAGCUUUGAGAUCCUUCGUGAACCAGUAAUUACUCCUAGUGGUAUAACUUAUGAGAGGAAAGAUAUAGAAGAACAUUUGCAGAGAGUUGGCCAUUUUGACCCAGUUACAAGGGUAAAAUUGACCCAAGACCAGCUGAUCCCAAAUUUUGCCAUGAAAGAAGUUGUUGAUGGAUUUUUGCAAGAAAAUGAAUGGGCUCUGGACUACUGAGGAUUCAACAGAGUAUUAAGAAGACUGUUCGUCACACACAGACGUAUAAGUAUGUGGACAUUGUCCACUAAUUUGAGCCUGGUAAGGACCUGUAAAUAAGGGGGGAUGACAGAUAGGUAACAAAUUUUGUAUUUACUUUUAAAAAUUGUCCUGUAUACUUGAGAAUUGUUCCUUGUUUUAUUCAGAAUCUGGCCUUACAUUUAGCAAAGGUGUAAGCAGAAGGUAUGACGCGUAUCCCAACAGUGACCUGUCUUUGUGAUUUUUCGUGUGUCUGUGUGCAAAGCUGAUGUGCACUCCUAUGAAACCAUCAUUUUCACAUGAAAAUUUUUAUAUAAAUAAACCAAUUUUAUAGCUGUGUAAUUGAAUCUACAAUGACAGUGAAAACUCAAGAUAUGCUAUUCCACUUCAGGAGAGGCUUGUUAAUUAGAUUCAUUCAGAGCUUUUGGCAUCAAAGAGCAUUAUGUAUUGUUCUUUUGGAGGAACUGUGUAAGAACAGUUGGACAUUAAAUCGUCUGUUUCUUCCAAAAGGAUGACAUUUUAUGAAUAUAUGUAAAAUUCAUAACAGGUUCCUUCUUUGUGCAUAUUGGUGAUCACAAGAAACAAUUAAGAAUAAAAAUAUACAGUUUAGUAACUUGAAA